AUGAUAGAGGAAGUGGACGCCGACGACUCAGGCUCCAUCGGAUGGCAGGAGUUCCUCUUCUUGAUGUCUAAGAAGUCGGUGAGCCCUGAAGAUUCUCAGCGCCUGGCGUGGGAGUUCUUCAUCGGCUCCGAGGCCGCCAAGGACGUCGGCGCGAGGCUCGAGAAGGAUGACGUAUUCAUCGAGAAGAUGCAGUCCUUCAGCCCAGACUUCACGGUUAUGCAGCUCGAAGACAUGAUCUUCCAGGCCAAGUUCGAGGACGGCGACCUAGACAGCCUCACCUACAAGGAGUUCUGCAAGCUGCUGAUGCGCUGA